UGGUUCUGAAAAGUCAAGACUAACAGUACUGUACUUGGGUGGUUUCUCUUGCUCACAGUAACAUUAACAUAACAUAAAUCCACCGUCUUCCUCACACAGCAAAGCCAAAUUCAAAUCCAAGUCUCCACAUCAUCAUCAUCAUCAUCAUCCUUCCUCCAAUUCCAACAGAUCAAACACUUCAUAUACCUUGAACAUUCUUUAUAAACUUCUCCAGAAAAUCACUACUUUUUCAUACGAUGGACCCGCUCUCAGCUCUCCGCGACUUUACAAUGCGCAACGACGUAGACAAAAUCGUGAGAAUAAACGACGAAUUCCGCUUUAGCAACGAAUACACUUUCCCUUGCAAUAUUAAAACCGCUUAUCGCUCUAAACAAGGCAAUCUCUACACUCUCGAAACCCUAGUUUACUAUAUCCAAAACUCCCACCUCAAAUUCACCGACUAUCUCCAGCACGCACGCGCCGCCGGUCUCCCCGCUAUCACCUUCAUCGACCGUAAACCUCUCUAUGAUUACCUCACCGGAAAGGUAUCCUCUACUGAUUCUAUUGUAUUCCCUCUUCCCCAAAACCCUAACCCUAACCCUAACCUUGAUCUUGAUAACGAUCUUAAUAGCAAUGCUGUUCUUGAUUCUACUAUUAAUAAUAAUAGUGCUGAUGCUGACGUGGCAAGUGGUGGUGGUGGUAAUAAUGUUAAAGAGGAUAACUUGGUUAGUAUCAUUUAUUCAAUGGAGAGGCCAAUUAAGGAUAGGGAAGCUUUAUUAGAGUGUAAAACUAAAGAUUUUUAUAGUGUUUUAGUUGCGUCAACGCGGCGCGAAGAGGAGAGACAGAGAAUUGAGUCACAGCAGAGAAAAGAUGGGUUAGUUGCUAAGAGUAGAUUGAUGGGCAGUGAAGAUAGAGGGUAUGGUGGUGAUGAAAUGGGUUAUGAUGCGAAUUCGAAACCCAAAAUGUUGCAUUUGAAAGGAGGGAAAUUUGGUGAAGGUGUGCCUAUUAUUUUAGUGCCAAGUGCAUUUCAGACUUUGAUUACUAUUUAUAAUGUGAAGGAGUUUUUGGAGGAUGGAGUUUAUAUUCCUACUGAUGUUAAGGUUAAACAGAUGAAAGGUGCGAAACCCGAUUGUGUUACAGUGCAGAAGAAGUUUAGUACUGAUAGAAACAGAGUGAUGACUGCUUAUGAGGUUAGGGAUAAACCGUCUGCGCUUAAAGCUGAGGAUUGGGAUCGGGUUGUGGCUGUUUUUGUAUUGGGGAAAGAGUGGCAAUUUAAAGAUUGGCCAUUUAAGGAUCAUGUGGAGAUAUUUAAUAAAAUUAUUGGAUUUUUCAUGCGGUUUGAGGACGACAGUGUAGAAUCAGCAAAAACUGUCAAGCAGUGGAAUGUGAAGAUCAUUUCGAUUAGCAAGAACAAGAGACACCAGGACAGAGCUGCGGCAUUGGAGGUGUGGGACAGACUAGAAGAAUUCGUGCGCUCACGGUCACAUUCUUGAAGUAUGAAAGUAGAAACUUUAUUAUGACAAUAUGAGCUGCAUCAUGUAACAAGGAUGCUUCAUACUGAAUUAUAUGAAACGUCUAUGGUUAACCAUUGUUUGGCCUUUGGUCAAUUUAAACACAAAUGGAUUGCUGUGGCCUACUUUGCUUUCUCGGAAUGGCUCAAUUACGGACAAUGGAAUUUGCAGCAUAAGGUCGGUUUUGAUGAUGCCUUUUUGCAUGUAACUUUCUGGGUGUAAUGGUGUGAUUCUACUGUAGAAGAUGAAGAAUGUGUUGACUGUUGUACAAAUUUUGUUGUGAUAGUUCAUCAACCACAGUAAAUAUGGUAGUGUGAUGCCUCUGUUGAACUAUGCAAUUUAUAGUCGAUUUUAACAUUUAUUUUUGGUU